UGUUUAAAGCCACAAAAGAGUUGAGGUUUAUUUCAACACAGUGAUAUUUCUAAAUAAUCGCCUUUUUGACUACAGUGUAUUAGACCCGUCGUGUUGUUUGCCAUAUAAGGAAGAAAAAGCGAAUAAUGGUAUAUUACGGGAGUGUGAGAACGCAAUGGAGGCGUGUUUUUUCAUUUCCAGGCAGGCGUGGCGUGCGGACUUCCGUCUUCCUCCACAGACCUCAUAUAAAAUGACGGCAACAUUGCGACCCUACCUGAACGCGGUGCGCGCCACUCUGCAAGCAGCGCUGUGUCUGGAGAACUUCUCCUCUCAGGUGGUGGAGAGACACAACAAGCCUGAGGUGGAGGUUAGGAGUAGCAAAGAGCUUCUGUUGCAGCCUGUGGUCAUAAGCCGCAAUGAAAAGGAGAAGGUCCUGAUUGAGGGGUCCAUAAACUCAGUGAGAGUCAGCAUCGCUGUCAAGCAGGCUGAUGAGAUUGAGAAGAUCCUGUGCCAUAAAUUUAUGAGGUUCAUGAUGAUGCGAGCAGAGAACUUCUUCAUCCUGCGGAGGAAACCUGUUGAGGUGAGCUCUAUUGUGAAGAACCAACAAGGGAUGAAGAGAGAUGUAAUUUAUUAAACCGAAGAUGCAUUAGUGAUGGGAGAAACAAAGCUUUUUGAAACUGUGAAUCAUUUGAAUUAAUAGCUUUGCAAAAUGAUUCACUUUUUUGAAGCACUCGAAACACCACACGCUGGUCAAAAUAGUGUAAAUGCAGCCCAAAACACAAGCCCACACAUGCAUAAAAAGGCCUUUUACAAACCAAUUGCAAAUGUUUUA